UGAUGCUGACUUAAUUGGUUACUAUGUCUUGCUUGGAACCCUCUUUAAGAACCCUGGUCCUAAUGACCCAAACAAACAGGCCAUUCCUAUAAUUAAGAUUGUCUGUGGUCCCUCUGAGUCACUUGUGGUGAUGCUGAAACUGGAGAGGCCUGCACUUCUGAAUCAACGUGUGGCAUUGAUCUGCCUUCCACCUGAGCGUUACAUUGUGCCUGAGGACACCGAGUGUGAGAUUGCAGGAUGGGGUAGCACUGGAGGAACUGGGAAUGACAAUGUCCUCAAUGUGGCCAGGCUGCCAGUCAUGAACAAUCAAAAUUGCAACGUGGCCCUUCAAGGCCGUCUGAAGGACAAUGAGUUAUGUACAUCAGCACUGAAGGUUGGCGUGGGAGCCUGUGAGGGUGAUUUUGGAGGUCCUUUGGCCUGCCUGACUCAAGAUUGCUGGGUGCUACAAGGUGUGAUCACCCCAUUGCGGAUAUGUGCCCGGAAAGACGUGCCUGCCACUUUCAUCCGAAUCUCCAUGUAUGUUGACUGGAUCAACAAAGUGAUGAGGCUGAGCUGAGCUGAUGUAUAUUUGUCACAAAGUCACUGAACAUGUGGCUAAGCUAAUGUGAUUUUAACUAAGCAUAAGCUAAUGUGUUGCAUUAUUAAAUCAUCCAUAUCCUUUUGAUAGGACUGGUUGGUUGUUAUCCAAGAGUAUAGCUCUUUCAAUGGAUAUACUGUAUU